AUCCAUCCAAUCCAACGAACGGCUUCCCCGAAAACAAAGAAAAACAAAAAUGGCGGUUAAUGAAAGGGCGCCAGUUUUGCCCGACGCUCCAGGUAUUUCAGCCAAAAUGACGGAGGAGAUUACGAGCGGAGAAGAUGGAAGCGUUCCCAAGGAGGGCGCUGUAGGUGGGAACGACUCCCGUCUGCAUAAACCACUGCCGGCAGUUGGUGGCCCGUACGAGGAGAUGGACGAUGCGUCGUCAAAUGGCACAGACUCUGAGGAGGAGGACGACGAUUAUUAUGAUGAUGAUUCGUCCGACGACGACGAUUGGCUCAUGUUUAGGGAGAAAGAGAAAAGCUGGGACGACGAAGACGACGACGACGACUUCAAAGAGGAAAUCGUCACGACUGUCUACCAUUGGCCGGCACCGCCAACAACCAAAAGGAGCGCACCCAAACCCCCACUACAAGCGCCACCUAAAAUGCCAAUAAAAGCGACCCUCAAGAGGCCCCUCAGUGACGAAAACAAAGAACAGUCUGUAAAGCUUGAGGCAGGUGCUUCAGUCUCCUCUGUGCACGGACCAUCACCGCCAGCCCCCAAAUCAGCGAGGACGACGUGGAGAACGUUCUCGGCCAACGGUAACAGGAAGGUACCCGGGGAACGCAUUGUAGACGAGGUCGAGCUUCUUUCGAACCACCCUCCGUCGCCAUCUUGGAACUCGGGAAAGAUAAGUGGAAACAAAUCGCUUGGCUCCGAUCAGAAAGACAAGGAGUCAUUCGAACGUUGUGUCGCGGAUGAAUGGUCUUAUUUCUCGCACGACCUGCCGCCACCGGCCAUCAAAACGACGGUGGUUCCGGUCAAAAGAGUGGGAGCCAACUUGGAGCAGAUGUCGAAGCUUCGUGACCAGCUGGACGACAUCUUGAGCACGCGGCCGAGUGGUAGCAAGCUCAAGGAAGGAGAUGCCAACAGCCCGGUUCCCAAGUUCUGGGUGAGCAAGUGGAUCGACUACACGGAGAAGUAUGGCGUUGCCUACCAGUUGUGCGGCGGCAGCGUCGGCGUGUUCUUCAACGACUGGUCGCACAUGACGCUCCUCGACGACGGCAAGAACGUGAUUUACGUGGACCACUGGCAGUACGAGUUCCGCCGCACGUUGGCAAAGACACCGCCGUGGCCGCCGUACAUGAAGGACAAGCUGCGGCUGCUGGAGUACUUCUCAGCCUUCAUGCGGCAACGCCUGCUGAGGACGGGGGGCUCCGGCGGGCGCCGCACGGUGAAGGAGCGUGCCCGCCCGCCCCACCUGGUAUCGUGGCUCCGAACGCACUCGACCAUCGCGUUCCACCUCAGCGACAACACGGUGCAGGUGAACUUCUUACAAGACCACAGCAAGAUCAUCCUGUGCCCGCUCAUGGACACAAUUUCGUACAUCGACCGCAAUCGCGAGUUUUCCGUGUACCGGACGGAGUCCCUGCUCAAGGCGGACUUGGCAAUGGACUUAGUGUCGCGUCUCAGGUACAGCCGAGAGGUUGUGAAGAAGCUCGCCCUGCCCGUCGAUCCUCGAGCGGCUCUGUCCAGGGCACCCUUCCGUUUCAGCACGAGCACGCCCGUCGCAGUUUGCCAAAAACUGCUGGGAGCACCGGGCCACUUCUAUAACUCAGUUUCACCUCGCGACGAUAUGCGGCAGAUGCUGCGAGCCAUCCCAGCCAACCCGGCGCCGUGAAGGCUGGAUCGCAGACUUGCAUUCGAGUUUGCUCAAGUGUGUGGCAUCUCCUCGUAGCCGCGUACGAAGAGAGAACGCACUGUCACCAUCUAUCGAGUGGCCCUGGAACUAUGUGUAAUGGGAUUGAAGGUCCCGCAUUAUUUGAGAGAUCAAAUUUAUACACCAUCUGCGAGAAACGGUUGCUUAAAACCAUUGUCAAAAUUAUUUUUUCGAGUCCACAGUGAAAGAAUAAUGUAUAAAAGAUCACAAAAACAUGUACACCGCAGACGAAUCCGAAGUUUCCAGGGCUACUUGAUGGAUGGUGCUAGUGUGGUCUCGCAUCAUAAGCGGUUACAAAAGAAUGCAAUACACUCGAGCACACUCGGAUGGAAGCAUGUACACUAGCCCUAAAGGGAUACUACGACGAAAUUCUAGCACCCAUUUUGUUGUCUAAAUGCAAACCAUGUUCUGGCCACACCAUGGAGACACCAAUUUUUUUUUUUUUUCUCAAAAAGAUGUUAAAACAUUAUUUCAAGGGAAUAAAUCGGACGUCAUUACGUCACUUUGAACUUAGGAGCGAAGCCGCUUUGCAGAGGUAUGGCGGCAAGCUGUUGGCACGCGAGCCCUGUGGAACCGGAUUUUCCUUUUCCCGGCCUAUUCAACGCCUUCUGGGAGCAGGGAGGGGCAACUAAACACGGCCAGGUUGUUACGCGUUGACGACAUCAAGUGGCAGACCUCGUAACCACACCAGCCCCCAAGCAACUUCGCCUGUGCUGGGCCAUUUGGUCACGUCUCCUGUGACCAACCGGUCACGGGUCAUGACUCCCGCACUCCCCGAUGGCCGAUCUUUGAGCGAUCGCUGGGAUUGGUCCCUCGGAACAAGAAAUAUAGCCAUUCGUUCAAAAUACAAGCAUUCGAUUGUCACUAGCAGAUAGAGUUGAUUGUGCUUAACUUUUUCUGAAUGAGAGAGGUAUAUUUUAAGUUUCGAUUCAGUAUCCUUUUAAACGUAUUGCAGAGCUCGGGGUUACAUGACACAAGACUCGGCUCGCAUGUAACCCUCCCAAAGGUUGCACGACACUUCUGCGGCAUCGGGUCGGCUUCAAUGACUCGUAGCGUCCUCCGCUGUCCAUCGUAAAGUGAAUCGAAGUAUAUAGUGAAUGUUUUUAGUUUCAUACCUAUUUUCUGUACAGUGGUGUAAUUUCUAUGCACAGUUGAUUGCAAGAUCACAGUUCAUAUCCUGAAGAAAAGCCUACAAUUAUUUUAUAGAAUUUGGGGAAUGUUGCGAGGGUCAAAGGAAAUCUGGGGAAGCAGUGCGAAAUUUGGGGAAAACAUUGUGAGGGUCAGUGACAUCUGUUGGCUAAUGCAGCUUUUUUUUGCAUGUUUCAAGUGACUCGAGUGUUGAGAAGACUGGUGCAUACACUUUUAUGCUUCUGUACUUCGCAAAAUGAGUACACACAUGUGCAUGCGUAAACCCCAAGUAGGAAUCUUGUCGUUCUGAACUUGCGGGAAGUCAAGAGUAUACAUUUGAUCAUUGUCACUAAUAUUUGCUGAUCUAGAUGUUUCUUUUUCAAAUAGAUCGGAGUUUUGACAAAAUAAAACAAUCAUGUUUUGCCAAAAAA